AUGGAAGUAUUUGCAUGCACGAAUUUAUCCAUUAAGCAAAUUUUCAGCGUCAUCACAGUUCUUCUGUUUAUCUCUUUGGCAAAAAGUGCCUCACCUUUAAAAGUGUCAAAAACUUACACUAAUUUCAUCACCAAAUCAUGCACUAACGCCACUUAUCCACCACUAUGCGUCAAGACCCUCAUCCCAUACGCUCCCACGGUGGGUACCAAACCGUUGAAGCUCUGCAACGCCGCCCUCACGGCCGCCAUACUGGCGGCUCGCAAUGCCUCGGCCACCGUGUCAAAGAUAGCAGAGCAAAAUGGACUUACGGGUUACGAGGCGAAAGCCAUGAAGGACUGCAUCGAAGACGUGAAAGACACGGUUUAUGAACUUAAGCUGACGCUCAAUGCCAUCGGACAUCUCAAUGAUCCCGACAAGGAAUUCCAAUGGGCUAAUGCCAAGACAUGGGCUAGUGCAGCAAUUACAGACAUGGAUUCAUGCAUGGACGGAUUUUCGGGCCGGAAAGUGAAUCCCAUUGUGAAGAAGAAGAUCAGAAGCAACAUCACUGGAGUGCAAAAGCUUAUUAGCAAUGCUUUGUCCCUGAUCAACCACCUUUAUUAA